AUGGAAGAAAAUAAUGUUGUUGAUGAGUUGGGUAGUUGUGGUUGGAAGCCGAAAUUGGGCAUGCCAUUUGACUCUGAACAAGCUGCGUAUGACUUUUACAAUAACUAUGGUGGAAAGGUGGGCUUUAGUAUUAGGAAGUUGUAUGCACACAAGAACAAACAAACUAAGGAAAUAACUUCACGGACUUUUGUAUGUUAUAAAGAGGGAAGUCGGGGUAUUGACAAGCGAGAUCCACUAGUAAAAUUUCCGAGACAAGAGGUGAGAUGUGGUUGUGGUGCCCGAUUGAGUCUCAAGUUAGAUAGAAAUUUAGGAAAAUAUAUUGCAAUUGAUUUCAUUGAACAUCAUAAUCAUGACCUUGUGCGUGAAGAGUGCAUUCAUAUGUUGCCAUCCCAAAGAAAAAUAUCUACCACCCAAACAAUUGAAGUAGAAUUGGCUUCAGAAUCUGGAAUUCCUCUUAGGUCUGCUUAUGAGCUAUUGGGUAGGGAAUCUGGUGGAAGAGCAUCACUUGGCUUCACCAAAUUGGACCAAAAAAAUUAUUUGAGAUCGAAGAGACAAAAAGAUUUGGAAUAUGGAGAAGCGGGUAGUGUGUUGCAAUACUUUCGUAAGAAAACUAUGGAAAAUCCAUCAUUUUAUUAUACGGUCCAAUUAGAUUGUGAACAGCAGAUAACUAACAUCUUUUGGGCCGAUGCUCAAAUGAUAAUGGACUAUGCUCAAUUUGGUGAUGUAGUGACCUUUGACACUACUUACAAAUUAAAUAACGAGCAUAGACCUUUUGGGACGUUUGUUGGAUUUAAUCAUCAUCGAGACACAGUUAUAUUCGGUGUAGCCUUGAUGUAUGAUGAGACUGUCGAAUCAUUCACAUGGUUGUUUCAGAACUUUUUGGAGGCAAUGUCAAACAAUGCUCCAAAAACUAUUUUCACAGAUCAAGAUGCUGCGAUGGCUAAGGCCAUUCCAAUUGUCAUGCCUAAUACAAACCAUCGACUUUGCACAUGGCAUUUGAUGCAAAAUGCUGUGAUGCAAAAUGCUGUGAAGCAUGUAAGUUCUCUUUUUGGAGAUGUAGGGGUGAAGGGUGUGUUUUCAAAAUUUAUGCAUGAAAUUGAUGAUGAAGAAGAAUUUAGAAUACAAUGGGACCAAAUGCUUGAUAGGUAUGAUGCACACAACAAUCAUCGGUUAAAGCAAACUUUUGGUGUGAAGGACAAAUGGGGAUGGCCAUAUAUUAUGAAUUCUUGGGCGGCUGGAAUGAGUACUACUCAACUAAGUGAAUCAUUCAAUGCAUGUUUGAAGGAUUAUAUCAAUUGUGAUCAUAACUUGAUGGAAUUUUUCACGCAUUUUGAGAGGGUGCUCUAUGACAAGAAGUAUAAAGAAUUGGAAGCCGAAUAUAAUUUGUCCCAAAAAUUGCCAAGGGUUUCCAUUCCAACUUUGAUGUUAAAGCAAAUGGCAGAUAUUUACACGAAAACAAAUUUUGAGGAAUUCCAAAAUGAGUAUGUGCAGUCCAUUGAAGCAUCCAUUGUAGGCACUCGUAAUGAUGGUGAGAGUACCAUAUUCACAAUUCGAACGAUGGUAGAUGGGAAAAAAGAUAAGAAUGUGAUAAUGGAUACACAUGGCUCUUUGAGUUGUAGUUGCAAGAAGUUUGAAGUCAAGGGCAUAGUGUGUCGACAUUGUUUGAAGAUGCUUAGAGAUAUAUUCAAUGCAAAGGACCUUCCUGCACAAUACAUAUUGAAACGAUGGACUAAAAAAGCAAGGGUUGAAAGUGUGAAAGACAGUCGUGGGUAUGACGUCAAGGUCGAUGUGAAACUACAUCAAAGCGAUCGAUAUAGGUCAUUGAUGAAUAUGUUUAGAGCAAUAGCAAGUAGAGCCGCUGAAAGUGAAGAAACUUAUCAUUUGUCACUUGCAAAAGGUGAACAAUUGAGUGUAAUGGUUGAAGACAAAUUAAGUGUGCACACUUGUGGUCAAGUGGAGGUCACUGAACUGAGAAAUUCCUCAACUAACACAUGCCCACAGAGUGAUGAAGUAGAUUGUCCAAUCCAGGCUAAGGGACUAAAGAAAAGACAAGCAACUAGUAAGGGAAGAAGAAGGAUCAAGGGCGGGAUGGAAAAAUCUAUUGCAAAGAAGAAAAGAAUGCAAUCUAACCAGGGUGGUUCUUUUUCUGUUUCUCAAGAUCAAUCUCAACCUUCUUUAUCAUUGGGUAAUCAUUCAAUACAGGGUGUUUACACUACACAAGGUCAAUAUCGACCUCCUUUUCCCAUGGGUAGUAAUUAUGUUGAGGGUGUUUACACUGCACAAGGUCAAUCUCGACCUCCUCCUUUUGUCAUGGGUAGUAAUUAUAUUGAGGGUCAUGGUCAUGCAAUCUAUAUUUCUCAAUCUCAAUCCCAAUCUCGACCUGAAUCCCAAUCUCAACCUCCCUUUGCCAUGGGUCGUUCAAGUGUUUAUGAUGUCAUGUAUCCUACAUAUGAUGGAAAUAACACACCUCAUUCAAUGCCUUUAGUGUAUCCCACUCACACAUCGUUUCAGGAGUUGCUUCGAGGUACUACUGUCCAACUGUCGCAAGCCUCACAUAGUCCUGCUGACAGUCAUGUGGAUGGACAUCCUUGGAAGCCUUGCACCGAACGAUGA